AUGCACGAGCAUAUGCUCAAGAAACAGACCCUUCUCAAGCAGCACGGCUACCAUCUCAAGAUCAUGUGGGAGUGCGAUUGGGAUCGGGAGGUCAAGACCAACGAGGCCCUCCAACGAUUCUUGGCCACUUACCAGAAAGUGGACCCCCUAGAACCGCGCAUUGCCUUCUUCGCUGGCAGAACCAACGCCGUGCGUCUUCACCACUCCGUCGACCAGAGCCAGGGCGAACAAAUCAGAUACGUGGACGUGACUUCCCUGUACCCGUGGGUCAACAAGACUUGCGAAUACCCCGUUGGACAUCGCGAGAUCCUCACCAACCCCACCGACCAAGACAUCCACCACUACUUCGGCAUGCCCUACAUCGACAUCCUUCCACCUCCGCACCUUUACCAUCCCGUGCUACCGCAUCACCAGGCCGGUAAACUCACCUUUCCUCUGUGCCGCUCCUGCGUCCAAGACCAAAUUCCGCUUCCUCAGCGGGACAAAUCGUGGCGGUGCUCGCACACGGAGACUCAACGCGCCUUGCGCGGAACUUGGUGCACGCCCGAAAUUCAAGAAGCCGUUCGACAGGGGUACAUCGUCCUGCACAUUCACGAGGUGUGGCAUUUUCCCCCAAAGCAAAGACGCAAGGGUCUCUUUGCCGACUACGUCAACACCUGGCUAAAAAUCAAACAAGAAUCCGCCGGGUACCCCGGCUGGUGCCUCACCCCCGACGACAAAUUACGCUACGUGCGCCAAUACAAAGAAAGAGAAGGCAUCUCCCUCGACACCGCCAUGAUCCAGAAAAAUCCCGGCCGGAAAGCCACGGCCAAACUCAUGCUCAACUCCUUCUGGGGCAAGUUCGGAGAAAACCUCCACAAGAAACACACCGAAACCGCCACAUCGCAAGCUCAACUCUUCGGUUUGGCAUCCAACAGUUUUCACGACAUCCGAGCCAUCCGGAUCUGCUCCGACGACGUCCUCGAAAUAGAUUACCUAGACCUCCGCGAGAACCAAAUCGAUAACGGACGCGUCAACAUCUUCGUGGCCGCCUUCACCACCUGCUGGGCCCGUCUCAAGCUCUAUUCGUAUCUCGACCAACUGAAGCAACAAGUGCUGUACUUCGACACCGAUUCCGUCAUCUACUCCCACAAACCCGGUCAAGCCGACAUUCCCCUAGGCGACUACUUGGGCGAUAUGACCAACGAGCUGGACGCGGACGAUUACAUCGUCGACUUCACUUCGGCCGGACCCAAAAAUUACGGCUACAAGACCAAACUCGGCAAAGUCUUGCUGCAAAGUGCGAGGGUUCACUCUCAAUGUACGCGGUUCCCAACAACUCAACUAUGA